ACGUUUUUACAACGUUUCCACGGUCUCGGAGGAGUGUAAACAUGGAAGAAACACCCUGGUUGAAAAAGAACAACGAAAAGCACGUGCUUCCGUCGCACAAGGUCACGAGACUGUCAACCCCGUGACCGGGCUAAUUUGGCGAGCAGAGCGACACGUGAUUGGUGGCCUGGUCGUGAUUGCGACGGAGAAGAAUGGAGAGAAGACAAGAGGAACAGGGGGCAGUGGGCAUCGUCCGGAGCUACAGUAUUCAACCGCAAGUACAAAAGGUAAAGAAGAGUAUAGCAAUGUGCAGACCAGCUACGUGUGACAACUGCAAGAAAACGGCGUGGGUCGGGUGUGGACUACACAUUCCUGCGGCCAUGGAGCCUAUUUCAAAGGACGAGAGAUGCACGUGUGCACAUCCUGCCGACUCUGCGACCUCAAAGGACUAUCCGCCAAAGGUUGGAACAGGUAUCCCACAAAACUGAAGUUGAUGCCAUGGUCCAUUUCUACCAACAUUCUUGUAUCAGGUUUUUAGCAUUUUUUAUACAAAGAAAACA